ACCGGGGAGGGAGGAGGUACCCGCCCGGCUCCCUGCAAAGCGGCCUUAUUUAUCUGGGCACAGCCUCAGCCUCCCCGGUGGGAGGCUCAGGGCGGCAGAUCCUCUCCCACCGGGGAGCUCCGCUCCCGGCGCCGCCAAGGGGGCCCGGCCAGGCUGGGGCGCGGCCGGGCCCUGCCCGCCAGACCAGCACCUCCGCCGCCUCUGCGCUCGGUGGCGCCCGUUCCGGGUCCCCAUGACGCGAGGUUACCGGGUGGACAGCGUGGCAUGAGCCAGGAGCCUGGGUUGAGAACUUGCAAGGAAGAUGUCGAGCCGGGGUGUCGACGGCGACCCCAAGCCUCCAUGCUUGCCUCGAAAUGGUCUGGUGAAGCUGCCUGGCCAGCCCAAUGGCCUAGGCACAGCCAGCAUCACCAAGGGCACACCUGCUGCCAAGAACCGUCCCUGCCAGCCACCGCCCCCACCCACCCUUCCACCUCCCAGCCUGGCUGCACCACUGUCCCGGGUUGCUCUGGCCGGGGGGCCAUGCCCCCCAGCCAGUGGACCAACCUCAGGUCCAGUGCCUGGACCCCCAGCAGAGCGACCACCAUUGGCCACAGAUGAGAAGAUCCUCAAUGGGCUCUUCUGGUACUUCUCAGCAUGCGAGAAGUGUGUGUUAGCUCAGGUGUGCAAGGCCUGGCGGCGUGUGCUCUACCAGCCCAAGUUCUGGGCAGGCCUCACGCCUGUGCUGCAUGCCAAGGAGCUGUACAACGUGCUGCCUGGGGGUGAGAAGGAGUUUGUGAACCUGCAGGGCUUUGCUGCUCGAGGUUUUGAGGGUUUCUGCUUAGUUGGCGUCUCCGACUUGGACAUCUGUGAGUUCAUUGACAACUAUGCGCUUUCCAAGAAAGGGGUUAAGGCCAUGAGCCUCAAGCGCUCCACCAUCACUGAUGCCGGCCUAGAGGUGAUGUUGGAGCAGAUGCAGGGAGUGGUGCGCCUGGAGCUGUCAGGCUGCAAUGAUUUCACCGAGGCUGGGCUGUGGUCCAGCCUCAGCGCACGCAUCACCUCACUGAGUGUGAGCGACUGUAUCAACGUGGCUGACGAUGCUAUUGCGGCCAUCUCACAGCUUCUGCCCAACCUGGCUGAGUUAAGUCUUCAGGCCUACCACGUGACGGACACGGCGCUGGCCUACUUCACAGCGCGCCAGGGCCACAGCACCCACACCCUGCGCCUGCUCUCCUGCUGGGAGAUCACCAACCACGGAGUGGUCAACGUGGUGCACAGCCUGCCCAACCUCACCUCUCUCAGCCUCUCUGGCUGCUCCAAGGUCACUGACGAUGGCGUAGAGCUUGUAGCGGAGAAUCUGCGCAAAUUACGCAGCCUCGACCUCUCGUGGUGUCCUCGCAUCACCGACAUGGCUCUGGAGUAUGUGGCCUGUGACUUGCACCGACUGGAGGAGCUUGUGCUUGACAGGUGUGUACGUAUCACGGACACUGGCCUCAGCUAUCUGUCCACCAUGUCGUCCCUCCGCAGCCUCUACCUGCGAUGGUGCUGCCAGGUGCAGGACUUCGGGCUGAAGCACCUUUUGGCCAUGAGGAGUUUGCGUCUCUUGUCUCUGGCAGGCUGCCCGCUACUGACCACCACGGGGCUAUCGGGCCUGGUGCAGCUGCAGGAACUGGAGGAGCUGGAGCUGACCAACUGCCCUGGGGCCACCCCGGAGCUCUUCAAGUACUUCUCGCAGCACCUGCCGCGCUGUCUCGUCAUUGAGUAGCGCGGGGCUCCCUCAGCCCAGCCGCAGGAACCGGCCAAGCUCUGAGCUGGAUGUUUGGGCGCCGCCGAGCCCCUCUUCCGUCCUUGCCGGAGCCCCGCGCCCCGCGUGAGAGGUGGGGCGAGCUGAGGGAAGCCCCGCCCGCCCUGUGCCUCCCCUGCCCCUCUGCGCCUCCUCGUCCCCGCAGGGGCAAGGGGCGGAAGGGCCAGCCCCACGCACGCACGCACAUCCGGGGACUUUGUGCAUGCCCCUCGUGCCCGCACUGCACGCCCGCCCUCCACCAUGCCACAGCCGCCGCCAUCACUUGCCCUCCCGCUGGGGGCCCUUGGUCAUUGGGGGACGCUUUGAGUGCAGAUGUCCUAACCGCCUUCCCACCAUAUCCUGCUCUCUGCCUCCCUGCUGUCCCCCCCCAUCCCGGGCAGGGCCCAGGGGGUGGGGGUGGGUCCCCCAAGACUCAGGGGCCUGGAAGAGCCCCCAAGGGCCUCUCGCAUCUUCCAGUGCACCGCUCCUGGAGCCCUCCAAGGGGUGCAAGGCGACACAGGCCCCUCCCAAAGCCAUGGCCCCCUGAGGAGCCCAACUCUUCCCCCUCCCCAUGUCCGCCUGUCCCACGAGGCCACACCCUUCCUUGUCGACAUGUGGGCCAAUCCUUGUCCUCCGUGUGCCCCCCCCACACACACACACAUACACGGGCCCGCAUAUCCUUGAGCCCUAGACAAGCUGAGACAGCAUUAGGAUGGUGACCACCACCUUGGAAGAAUCAACACUAACCUAGCCAGUGCCAGUACACCUCAGUGUAGUGGUGAAAAGGGCACCCCAAAGACCCCAAGCCGGAGCCACCUUCAGAGCUGCCUGGCCUUGGGAGCAGCCCAUCCACUCCAGCCCCUGACCCCAGCUGUGCUUAGGUCUCUCAGCACUAUUCUUCUCCCAGGGUAGGCCUCCUCAGGUGGAAUCUGCAGAGAUGAGCCUGGGCAAGUGGAAGGGUCAGCACUGACUAGUGACUGCGAUCUUCCAGUGGGUCAGCACACCCUCCAUACCCCAAGGAGGGAGGGCUCCUUUCGGGCCCCUCUUCACCCCUCCCCAGCUUCCAAAACCUUCACCUGCCCAAAUGGGCUCCGACCAUGAUCUGUCAGAGCCUGGCACAUUUGGAAGUCCUGGGGUAUUGCUGGCACAUCUUGGCAAUGCUGAGGAAGGGUCUGGGAUCUUUCCCUUCCCAACCCUGCACCCAGGAGACAGCACCCACAACAAAUCUUGGGACACCUUUAUCUGGUUGGAAAAGAGUGAAGUAACUAGUUUCGAGAGAGAAAGAAGGAAGGAGAGAGAUGCUGUUGACACAAAGGAACAGUCCAAAGAGUUUCUUGCCCCUGCAGUGAGGGUGCUGGAAGUUCCAGGCUGGUGGUCAGGAGCCAGGCUCUUUAGCCCCUCCUCCCACAGUCCCCCAACAGGGAGGGGGCAGCUGUCUUUUUGCCCAAAGUAUUAAUGCAACUGAAGCUGUGAUACUUCCAAUGACUGUAGGAGGGAAAUUUAAGGGGAGAGAGGAACACAAAACCAACCAACCCCUAAAAUCAUUUUCUUAUUGUACAUAACAACCUCAUUCUCCUGUAUAUGCGGAAGAUAUAACCUUAUAUUUGGUAAGUGUUUCUUGUGCUAUUUUAUCACGUGACCUGUUUAUAAAAAUAUAUAUUAAAAAGUUGUAAAAACAUGA